GUUCGUUCUAUUAGAAUAUCGGGCGUCUUAAAUAUUUUAUUUAUUUGUGGAAAUGCGUGACAUUCUUUAAACCCUACAUUUCUGCUCGGAGUAUUCGUAUGAUUAUUACUUCGUUUAUCACCAUUUAAUAAAGAAGUAUGGCGCUUUUGACUCCGUGGUUCCGUUAAAAGGUUUUAAUCCGGGUCAGUGCUUUUAUUAUUAAUAGGUAAGGUUACAACUGUCCUGUUUCUUGGCUAGCAAUUUAUGUUAUCUAUUUUGUUAUUAAAAGGUGUUAAAACUAAGCCCAUAACUGAGGUGAAUUAACUGAGAUUUCCCGACAUAAGUGGUUUCUUUGACAUACGAACCCUCGGGACUAAAAAUCCCAUUACAAUAAAAGUCCAAAAAAAACAUUUAUUGUUAUAAGGUGCCUAAAUGAUGGGCAGAAUGGCAGGUUUGGCAAAUCAAUAACUUCUUCCGAGUAUUUGACACCGUUGAAAAAGAUGAAGAAGAAGAGAAGUAGCAGUAACGAGAGUGAGAGGGAAACGAGGGAGGAAAAUGGACAGACAUUAUCAAUAUUGUCCAUUUUCUAAGUCAAUUCAGAACGAAAGCGAGCUGAUCCUGGAGUCCCUGCUAUCCUUCUCGAAACUCCUGAACAGUUUGCCAGGGUACAAAUUCAGUCCCUUUCAAGUUACCGGAGCAGUGAGGAUCAAGUUGCUAUUCAGUCAAGAGGAUCCACGUCUAAGGAGAUCCUCGAUCCAGUUAUUAGGAGAUCUGGCAACAUCCCUUGGCCAGGAGACCAAUUUGGAGGCAUUCAAGGAUCGAGUGAGAUCCAAGGGAACCUCAUCACUUUACUCUUGCAUCUAUGCGCUCCAGACGUGUAUGUUGUCAAGGCCUGUAAAAGUACGAUCCAGAAGGUUGGCCCUUAUCUCGAUUGUCCGGAGGUAAACCGCAUGAUCCAGAAGUGUUUGGGCGACGACACCGACUUGAUGUUCACGGAUUUUAUUAAGGAGUUAAUUAAACGCAUGGGAUUUAUGGAAUCAAUGAUAUCAAGGUUAUUUGGGGGCCAAAUCGAGGACGAGUUGGAUUAAUGGUGGUGUCUAAGGGCCAAUCCCGCCCUUGUCAUCGGUUUGUUCUACGCCGAACUACUACCCGAGAAUAAACCGAAAGUUUCACUGGAAACUGUCUGUGAUAAACUGAACAGACUGAUGCAAGACGAGUCAGAAGAAGUUAGGAUUAA